ACCUUAUCGAGUCCGAACCAAUGAAUUUUCAUUUCUGUUUACAUCCAAACCUGCAAACUCUAUCCAUAAUCCACCCAGUCACAUUCUACAUCACAAUUUGACUUCCAAAAACAAAAAUGUUGUCUAAUUUUUUAUUUGAAUUCAAACAACCCUCCGAGGUUGUGACUUGUGAUAGAGUCAAUGGCACAUUCACUAACUCCUGUUCCAGGCAGUGCAACAACACACAUUGCCAAAUCAAAGAAGAUUAGAUCUCACAUUCCUACUCUAGGACUGCACAGUGUGUGGGCUUCCUGCCAGAAACCCAAUCAAGUCUUGGAUGAUAAACUUGUUCAUCGCAGGACUGUGACAUUGAGCUUGGCAGGUGCAGUGCUAGGCUUGAAUGUUGGUGACCCGAGGAACGCACAUGCAGCUAGAAAGCCUCCACCGCCUCCGCCGGCGGAGAAAAAAGACCCCAAUGUGAGUGGUGUGCAGGCAAAAGUACUAGCUAGCAAGAAGAGGAAGGAAGCAAUGAAACAAGAAAUUUCCAAGAUGAGGGAGAAAGGAAAACCUAUUGAUGGGCAAUCACCAUCUGAAUAGUGGUCUUAGAUUAUCAAACCUGGAAAAUGUAAAUGCCUUUCAGAGAGGGAAAUUUGUACUACCUUAUUAUAAUAUAAGCAACUUACUAGAUUUUCCAUUUAUUUUGGGAAUUUCUUGUUCAAUAAUGAAGAA